AUGGCGUUUUGCGAAGCAGCUAUGCCCGGAACUUUCAUCCUCGACUCGCCUAUCCCUCCUAAACUCGACCUCGCCGGUGCUAGGUCGCAGUUCUAUCGUUCCCCGCAGACACCCUCCGCAGCGUCCUCCCUCUGCCGCUCUGUCGGGCAGGAGCACCAGGGAAGCCGCAAACGGGCCAGACAUGGGUAUGACGAGAUGAAUGGCGAUGUCAGCGGUGGUUUUGGCACAAGCAGCUUAGAAAAUGGUACUCCUGUCACAGCUGCGGCUGUGAGUAUGUGGGGGAACCACUCGAUGAUGUCCACAGCUACGACAGCAUCUUCCUUCUCUCGUAUCGCUAGCCCCACACCGCUGGUCAACACUGACUAUCGUUUUGCUGGUGAUGUUGACUACUCGUCAACAAUGAUGACGAUGUCCGGGUUUGAAAAAUCAGGCGAUGAGGCAUAUGGGCCCGAGGUGGAUUAUAGACCUAAUCGCUACCGGGAGAUGAUACAUGCACCUAUCGAUAGCCCUUCACUAGGGUUUUUGCCGCCUGUUGGGGCUGGCAGGGACUGGAAUGGGAAUACGAGGAAAAGAGGUAGACGCGAGUCAUUAUUACAAGAACGAGAUGACGGGUUAAGUCCAGAUGGCUCCCGCUAUGAUAACGGCAAUACGAAUCAUGAUAGCUGGGGCGCAGCUGUCGUGAAAAUUGUUGGGGGUGUUGCUGGGAAGGUAUGGGACUUCUGUUGGUCAGGUCCGUUUCGCGGAUUUUAUGCGGGAGGAGGGAAGGGGUAUGACAUGGGAUCAGAAGCUCAGCAGCCACCAUCACCGCUACCAUCGCGAGUAGUGGAGGAAGCAAGCACGUGGCAGAGUGUCUAUGAGAAGGCUGAUGUAUUUUCCUCUUCUGGUGGCAAACGGGAUGACCGGAUCGCUACGGUUCCGGGAUGUUUCCCGAUUGAAUCUUCUCAUAAUAACGCACGGCUCUUGCACGACUGCCACGAUGAACUCCAGGCGAACUGGGUCUUGGUUCGGAACGCCAAAAAGGCCGAAGAUGGACAGGGAGCUGAUGUGAGCCCUUCCUCGGCAUAUUCUUCCUCGGCUCGCAAAAUAGCCCGAAAGAGCAACCAUCCAGUUUCACCCCGAAGAGUCGCAGUCGGCAGACUGUCCAGGAGACAAUCUCUACUAACCCCCACGCGAACCCCGUCCUCAUAUUCGCCCUCGCAUCAACAUCCUAAUUAUCAUCAACUGGCAUCUAGUAAUGGUCAAGCAUCCUGUGAACCCACCAAAUCGAACAACCCGAGUAAAUAUGGCAACUCACCGGCUUCUAUCGAAGCGCAACGAUUGGCGGCGAGGGCGAAACGGCGCGAACGCGAGGAAGACGCUAGUAUUCGUCGGUUGAAUCAGCAGCUUAAGGCGAUGAUCAAAGAAGGGAAGGAGGCGCUCGGGACGACUAUUGAGAUUGAAGAUGAUGGGAUUGAUAUGGAAGGUUGGGACUGA